AUGUACACCAAGUUGUCCCUGUCUUUCGGCCUCUUGGCCACGGCAACGCUCGCUCUGGCCGAGCCGACCGUCUACCUGAUUCGCCACGGCGAGAAGCCCAGCAACGGGAGCACCGGCCUCAAUGCUGUGGGUUUUGAGCGGGCCGACUGCUUGAAGACUGUAUUCGGCCCGGAUUCCAACUAUGACAUUGGAUAUAUCAUUGCAGAACAACCCAAGUCAGAUGGCAAACGCGACCGCCCGUACGAGACGGUUCUUCCUCUCGCCGAGGAACUGGGGCUCACUGUCGAUACGUCCUGCUCGAAGAAGGACACCAAGUGUGUCAAGGACCUGGUGAAGGACUACACCGGCAGCGGCAACAUCUUGAUCUGCUGGGAGCACAAGGAGUUGACCAAGAUCGCUGAGAAGCUGGGUGACGAUGAUGCGCCCACCUACCCGGAUGACCGGUUUGAUCUCAUCUGGACGGAUCCUUAUCCUUAUACCAACAUCACUGACAUCACGAGCGAGAACUGCCCGGGUCUGGACAGCUGA